AUGAAGGGUGCUACUUCUUUCGUCUUUGCGACGCUUCUGGCUGCGACCCAGGCCACUUCCGGGUACUGGGGCUCCGAGAAAUGCUACUCCAGCCCGGGCCGUUCCCCCAACAAGUGUAACGAGCACCAGCAGAACGGCUUCGACUGGUCGGGCCUGGCUGAUGGAUCGUUCUCACAAUAUGGUGGCUUCGACUUCUCUGGCUUUUCUUGCAGCAAUAGCUUUGGCGGAGCUGGUCUCGCCAAGCGUGGUGAAAAAUGCAUUACUGGUACUGCCUCUAAGGGUAGCGGAUCUAGCAGCAGCUCCAGCAGCGGCUCUCUAGGUGGCUCUUACGGUAGCAGCUCCAGCAGUUCGAGUGGUGGUAGCUCGUCUAGCCCCUCGUUUUCUUGCGGUUCCGGCUCAGGUUCCAGCUCCAGCUCCAGCUCGGAUGAGAAUGCCUUCUCCGUCACUCAUUUCCACAUCUCCACCUCCGAAGAGACCGACUUGCACAUCAUCUACGGCAUGCCCGACGGCUCUUCCUGCCGCAACACUGCUUCUUGCUCGUCUUCUGGAACCACCAUCGAGAACGACCAAUGUGGUGGUGCGACUUCAGUCUCGUUCGAACUGCCUGAUGACAGUGAACACGAUAGCUGUGACUUUGGCAUCUACACAAUUGGCUUUGACUGUACCCCCGGUAACACCGCGACAACUUUGCCUACUGGCCCUGCCACUACUCCCGCGGCAUCUGUUCCUGGCAUCUCGUCUCCUACGGUCUCCGUCCCUGCUGGAAGCACUGUUGUGUCAAUCCCCGGAAAGCCGGGCAUCUCGGUUCCUGCCAGCUCUCCUGUGUCGGUUCCCACCGGCUCUGUUCCCUCUUCGGCAGCUGGUGUCUCUACUCCUGUUGUUGUUGGUACUACUACUCCCGCUGCUGGCACACCGGGCAAGUUCACCACAUCGACCGUCUACACUACUAGCGAGAUCACCAUUACUAGCUGUGCGGCUACGGUGACUGACUGCCCUGCCGACUCUACUACUGUUGUGACUUCGACCAUUCCAGCUUACACCACCGUCUGCCCCGUCACUGAGACCACCGGUGCUGGAACUCCUCCUACCGAGUCCUCUCCCGCUGGUACUCCCCCCGGCUGCUACUUCGCCUGCCGAGUCAACCCCGGCUGUCCCCAGCGGAAGCUCGCCGGUCACCUCACCUGCACCUCCUGCCGCACGAUCUCUACUGCCGGUUCAUCUAUUGUCAGCACUGGCACCACCGUCUCUACAGUCACUCUGACUUCUACCUCUACUAUCUGUACCAAAUGCACCGGUGCGACAACCGCCCCCGGUGUGCCCCAGAGCACCCCUCUUGUUCCUGGUACUACUGAGACUGCUCCGGCCGGUAGUGAAACCACCCCAGCUGUCACUGUUGUCACUUCGGCUACACCCGGCCCCUCUAGUGUUGAUGCUGGCUCGACCCCUGGCGUGCCUGAAGACUCCACAACUACGGUCGUGACUUAUACUACAGUUACCACUUGCCCAGUGACUAGCACCAUCACUACUGGAGGAUCCUCUGUCGUUACCACUGGCACUACUGUCUCUACAGUGACUCUGACCUCGACCUCCACUAUUUGCACCAAGUGCACUGGCUCUACCACUGCCCCUGGUGUUCCCCAGAGCACCCCUACUGUCCCCGGUGCUACUGAGACCGAUACUGAGACCGCCCCUGCUGUCACUGUUGUUACCUCCGAGACACCUGGUCCUUCCAGCGUUGAUGCCGGUUCUACCCCCGCAGCCCCAGAGGACUCCACGACUACCGUGGUGACCUACACUACUGUCACGACCUGCCCCGUCACCAGCACGAUCACCACCGGUGGCUCCUCGGUUGUUUCUACUGGUACCACCGUGUCCACGGUGACUUUGACCUCUACCUCCACCGUCUGCACCAAGUGUUCUGCCAGUGCGACUGCUGGAGAGACUGGCUCUGCUCCUUCUGGAACCUCUCCCGUCUCUGGCUCGACUCCAGCUCCUUCUUCGCCUUGCCCCAACACUGUGCCCCAGUGUCUCAACACCUGGCUCUCUCUGGCUCCCAAGUGUACUUCCAACAGUGAUGCCUCUUGUUUCUGCCCCAACAAGGAAUUCACCAACAAGGUUAUCUCUUGCAUCCAGGCCUGGGGAGGAUCCAAGGCGGAGAUUUCCUCUGCUCUGUCCUACUUCACUGGUAUCUGCGCCCAGUGGGUUGACAAGAACCCUGGUAUUGUGACCGCCAUUCCCUCAACAAUCACCCUGGCACCUCAUGUUUCAGUGCCCGCUGCUACCGCUACCAGCGGUGCUGACGCUAUUGGGGGCACUGCAGCCUCGAGCGCGGUUACCUCUGCUCCUUCGCUCCCUUGCACAACCAUCACCUACGGCACUCGCACUGUUACUGUUCCUCAAGUGACCUUCAUCACCAACACUAAUACCGUUGCUGGAGCCACUCAGACCGUUGGCCUUGUGCCGGCCGGUCCUAGCGGCGCUUCUCCCGCCAACACUGGAAAGGUCCCCGCGCCUGCUGCUGCUUCAUCCACCCUGAGCAGUGCCUUCAGACAGCCCACUGCCAGCACAGUCCCCUCUGCCAGUGCUACUCCAGUCUUCAACUCGGCUUCAAGCAUCUCGAUCGCUUCCAGCCUCCUGAUGGGAUCCCUCGCUGCUUUCCUGAGCCUCCUCCUCUAG